CAGCCCAUAUCCAAGCCCAAGCUCCGUUGCAAUACCUGAAACCCUAAACCCUGAAAAUCCUUAAUAAAUACGCACAAAAUCCCGUUCUUCCGACACCUCUCCAUAAACGUAAACAAAAAUGUCGAAGCGAGGGCGUGGUGGAUCGGCUGGCAACAAGUUCCGGAUGUCUCUGGGGCUGCCGGUGGCCGCGACUGUGAACUGCGCGGACAACACCGGCGCCAAGAAUCUUUACAUUAUAUCGGUAAAGGGUAUCAAGGGUAGGUUGAACAGGCUGCCGUCGGCUUGUGUCGGCGAUAUGGUGAUGGCCACUGUGAAGAAGGGAAAGCCUGAUCUGAGGAAGAAGGUCAUGCCGGCUGUCAUCGUCAGGCAGAGAAAGCCUUGGAGAAGAAAGGAUGGCGUCUACAUGUACUUUGAAGAUAAUGCUGGUGUCAUAGUCAAUCCAAAGGGGGAAAUGAAAGGUUCUGCUAUUACUGGUCCAAUUGGGAAGGAAUGCGCAGAUUUAUGGCCUAGGAUAGCCAGUGCUGCUAAUGCCAUUGUUUAGAGUGAAUUGCAACCUUACCUUUUAAGAGCUGCGCCAAUAGGGUCGACACUGAUUUCCCUUAGGCUAAGGCAUCCUUUGAAUUGAGGGAUUCGAAAUUUACAGAUUUCAGAUUUAUAAGUUCAAAUCUUGAAAUUUAUAUAUUUUAGAUUGAUAAGUUCAAAUCACCAUGUAUGUUCUGAUGAUAAUAGAAGUUUGAGGAUUUCAAAUUCAUGCUAGAUAGAUUUUCGUCAUUGUUUUGAAAGAUUUCAAAUGACUCAUCAACUUAGUAUUAUCAAAU